ACUUCAGACAGUAAGGGGUUAAAUCACGUGCCCCCGUGAAGUCUGCAACUUGGAUUUAAUCUUAGGAAUAAACGUUCACUUGGUGUCGAUAGGGACAACUGUGAGUUACGUGUGCUUUACUGAGAAGAAACAUUUCUGUAACAACUGUCAUUUAGUCAGCUAUCACUGCAUGCGUACAGGAAAAGUACGUACUUGUGGAGUUUUAUAACGAUGUUGUCAGAGAUCUGGGAAACCUAUGCUCACCUGCUGAAGAGAGUCCCUGGCAGAGAUGCUAUUAGCAAUGCUCAGAGGAAGCAAGAAUUACUCGACAGAUUUCUUUGUUUGUUUGUCCAGCAAACUCAGAUUAGACAGGAAUGUCUUGUUUCCAGUGAAAUGAGAAAUGUGGCAAAUGAACUGUCACAAGAGUUUAUGCGAAACAUCAUGGAUUUACCAAGCAGUGAAUCAGAAGAUGAAAAUCCCCUUGAUCUGGAGAGAUACCUGCUUGAUGGUCGAGGCUGGAUGCUUCUUUAUGCUAUUCAUAUAAUUGGGGUCAAGAGAGUAUACAACAGACAAGACCUUUGCAACAUCCUGCAAAACCUUCUUUUAUCCUGCCUUAAGCUGUGUCCAAGGCCCGAGUCAGAUCAUUUGUCAGAUCUUUUUGAAGACAGUGGUGAGGCACCUGUGAACAAAUGCUUUGAGGCAGCUGAAUAUGUUCCAAAACACAAAGUGUUGGGAAUCCAAAAAAACAGCAUUCCUAGGAUGAAGCCCACGAGAAUUCGACAAGGAGAAGGAAAGAAAAAACACUACACAAAAACUUUGUACAGCCAUGAGAAAGCAACAGGAGGAAGCGCUUCUGAGGGAGACGACAGCGAUGACAGGAAGUCAAGGCAUCGACGAUUCCGGAAAUCCAUGAGAACACAGAUGUGGACAUCUUCUGUAAAAGAAGAAGUUUCAGAUUCAGACGAGGACUUUGUGAACAUGUUCCAACACCUUCCUACAAGAAUAGGGACAUUGUCUUCCAGCAGCAUGUUUCGACUGAUACUUCUGCUCCUGGAGGACCUAGGAACUCAAGACGUUCGCACAGGCACUCCUGGAAAAAUCUUGUCUCUUACAAUAUUGCCUGUGCUGAUUGAUGUUCUGAAAAGUUUCUCCGAGGACACAAGGGCUCAGAUGAACACUGAACAGAAGCAGGCAGCAGACCAUGAGGUCAUUUCGUUGCCAUGGCAGCGAGAAACCUGUCUUCUUGUGUUGCAACACUUGUUACGACUGAUUCUGACCCUGAGUGCAAUUGUUGCCACACAGCAGACAAGUAUUCGUAUACUUUUGUCCCAGAAUGUUUUUCCUGCGAUUCUCAGGUCUCUCACCUACUGCCAUGUUAUAAGAGGAGAUAAAAGCACAGAACUGUCCUCCCGUGAGCUCAGUAUUGUUGAGGAUGGUAUAAAUGGCUGCCUUGCUUUGUUCAAAAGAAUUUAUGCUUAUCUCCCUUUCAAUCCUUCUUUCAUUCGAGAUGCUAAUGCACUUAUGGAAUUGUUUAGAAUACACAAUGGAGAGGAGUAUUUCAUGUUUUUGUUUUCUGAAAGGGAUAAAUCAUUGUUAGUAAACAAAAGUACAAAGAAGGAUAUGCAUGCUGGACCUAUCCGGUGGCUGAGUGAUCUUAUUCACGGCUUGAAAGUUGUGAAAGUGAACUACAUUCAUGCUAUCAAGUGUCUCAAGCGCAGACACAGGAACUGUGAUUAUAGCUUCUUCUUUCAUCAUCACCAUGAUAUUUUUGGUGCCCCUUUUGAGACGUGGCAGGCUUUGACAGAUACAAGCCAGGGAGAGGAGCCAUCCAGACCAUCUUUUCCUUCUCUCUGUCAAAUGGCGAAGUGGUCUCACCUGCUUUUGGAGUGUCUGAAAAGGGCCAAGUCAAAGACCAGCAUCAUCCAGAUCUUGUGCACACUGCAAGAAGAAGGGACAUGCUGUUGCUUGCAGCCAUCAUCCAUCAUCAGUUUGUUUGUCUCACUCAUCCCAUCGUUCACACCAGCUGUACGGAACUUUGCUCUUGAGACACAAAACCUAGUGCUGCUGGAACAGUUUCAUGGGUGCAUUGAGACAAAUUUUUUUCCUAGAAAGGAGAAUCUUAUGUGUCCUCAUUGUUGUAUGGAUAGAGAUUUGUUGGAUGGCAUCCCAGUGGGAAUAGACAGUGGAGUGUCCAGUGGGGAUCUGGCAGAAGUUCACAAACAGAAGUCUCUUUUGAGGUGGCGGUCACUUAGACUUCUCCGUCAGCACAUUUUGUCUGGUACUGAGAGUGUGGCUCUUUCUGUUGCUAAAAGUCUAAUAACGCUAGCUAUUCGAGGUAACAGUGAUAUCAAAGAGGAGCUUUUCUUUGGAAUCUACCUUCAUGUGCUCAACAUGGAAGUAGGAAACAAUCCUGUAGACUGUUUGUCAUUGGAUAAAGAUGACAUUUUGACCCCUACAUCUACAGACAUAUCAUCUGGAGAGGAAGUGCCAUUUGCUGUGACAGUUCCUAGCUCUAUCAUGUUAUAUUGUGUGUCAUCUCUGCCAUAUGUUCUUCAAGUUGACAAAGUCAUGAACCUCUUUCUAAACAAGGGUGGCCUUACAUGUCUCACUCGUCUUCUGGACAAUGACCAGCUACGUGGCCCUAUUAUGGGGGUGUUUGAAGCACUGAUCAUGCUUGAUGAACACACGGUCAUUACAAAGUCUGACCCAAAAGGCCCAGCUAGCCCAGCUCACCAUUUGGACUACAAUGGAGGGACAGUCAUUCAAACAUUCAUCGACACGCUUGCCAAGAAAACCUGUGUCAUAACUGCUGCCCUGCAGCAACUUCAGAUUCAGUCCCUGCAGUCUAUGCCAGCGGAAACAGACACCAUGGAAGAAGGUUCAGACGUAGAGGAUACAGUACUGCAACAGGAAGAGACAAACCACCUUGUUCACGAGCAGGAAACUGUGACAGACCUGCCUAUGUUGGCUCACUCUGGUGAUGUGGAGACCCAGCAAGCAGAUGCUGUGGACCGCACCCACAGACUCAUUCUUGCCACCUUGCCACUGCUGCAGGACAUGUGGCGGACAUGUGCCAAGCUUUGCAUGAACAGCCAGACUUUUCGUACCUGCUACCAGAACUCGCCUUGUCUGUACAUUGUGCAAGAGACCCUGGUGCUUGCGCUGACCAUCAUGUCCGACAUGGGAGUUAGGCCCUGUAACCUCCAGAGGAUCAGUGCCACUGCGGUAGCAUCUUCUUGUGAGGGAGUGGACAGUGGCAGGAACCUGCGCUCGUUUAUAUGUCACCUGUCCAAGCUGGGGUUCAUUGAGGCCGUAAUGAUAGUUUGCUUUUCCUGUGGGACUAUAAAUCCUUUACAAAAGCAAGGGGAGGAGGAGGAGAUGUGGCUGAGAAUGAAGCACAUGCUGCUUCAGUGUGUAAACCUGGAGCCUGGCAAAUUGCGGGCUGUCUUCGACAUGCUGCUGAAUGCUGCUCAACCUCAGCUGCCAUCUAUACUGGAGUAUUCUUAUGCACAGAUCACCUCAUUUCUGAAUCAAAAGGAUAUGGAAGAGCUUGAGGAUGAGGAUGAGUUGCGGAAGUUGAUGAGCCAUGCCACUGAUGAGGAGUUAGACACUUUACACACAGGCCAGGGGUAUGAUGCUGAUACAGAGAGCGACCAGGGUGCAGGCUGGCAGACUGGUCUGGAGAGUACAGUCACCGGCACAGGAAACUCAAGAGAGGCAGAGAGACGCUGCUUUCCUGCUGUGUUGCGGCUGUUUGUGGAGCUGCUGGUGGAGAGUCAAAACACAUCAACAGGCCAGUCAGUUCUGGUGCCGGUCAUGCUACGUUUGCUGCAGAUGUUGCGAAGCUGCCAUGAUACUGUCACUGCUGCAUGCAAACAAGGACUGAUGGGUUUAAUAUUGGAAGGCUUCAAAGAUGUCUUGCUGCAAUCAUCUGGGCAACAUCAAUCUGUGGUGCGGGAAAUAGCAUGGACUUUGAUUCAGGUCAUUGGGCAGGUGGAGAUUGCCUCAUCUGAACUUCAACUGUUUCUUAAACUUUUCCUGAAAACUAAAAAUAUGAGCUCCCUGCUGUCUUCACUCACACACAUUGUGGAGAACAGCCGACCUGCGCCUCCUGCAUGCCUCGUCUUCCCAACAAAAGCCAAAGAGGCUGCUUCUUUCUUUAAAUGGAAGGCACCUCCACAUGUGGAUGAAGAUUCAGCACCAGAUCCACCGUUGACAGGAUCAUUGGUUGCUGCAGCCCAUUGUGAGGUGAAAGGCCUUCAGUGGCCACCUUUUGAGAAGGGAUUUGCUGUGUCCUUUUGGGUCAGUUUGGGUCAGCUAUGCGGCAUGCAGUCUGCAGAUAUAUCGCUCUCCAGCUUUUCAGAGAGUCAGAGGAGUGAUGUCAAGGAUGAGAGAGAGCUGGUUCUGCAAAUGCCUUCUCUAGAGGAGUGCCUCCAUCUUAUUUCCCUGGGGACAGACAGCAAGUGCCUUGAGGUUUGGCUGCAUGUCAAGUCUGCUGCCCUUGUUUGCAGGUUGACUUCAGGCACAGUGGGAAACAUUGUGCUGAAAGAGAUGGCAUUAGGGACUGGCUUUGAGCCUCUGUCCUGGCAUCAUGUGGUUCUGGCUUAUAGAGAUGAGCUGGAUGGCAGCACAUCUCUAGGCAAGCUGUACAUCACAGUGGAUGGGGUAAUGCAGAAAGAGAUAUUUUUGGAUCAUCCAGCCAGUUCUUGGCAUGCUCGUGGACCCAUUGCGCCACCAGUCCUCUUCUGGGGUCACAGCACCAGUCGCCACAUCAUUGGCUUCCAGGGACGGUACAGGCUGGGUGCAGUAUUGCUGUUUACAGAUUCUACCCUUAGCAAGGAAUGGUGGUUUCAUCUGUAUGCACUGGGUCCCAACACUGUUGGCAUUGGACUUUGUGACUGUGGGUCUGCACGGGUCAGCUACACCAGUUUGCUGCAGAAGAACCUGCUUAUGGGCUCCAGCCUUAACCAGGAUGUUCUCGUUGGUACAAUGACUGUGCCAGAUAUUGAAAAUGCCAGGAUGGCAUUAGUCUUGCAUUUUGAUCCAAACUCCCCAGAAUACGUAGGUCAUUAUGGUCAGGGGGAAGCCAGAGAGAGUGGGUCAUUGUUAGGCCUAGUACCAGCAUCAGCUGCAGUCGAUCCACUCCUCCUCCAUCGACCCCACCGGCAGCCUGUGAGUGGAGCUGCCCACCUGAAGGUUCAGAAAAUCACAACCCUACCUGGUGCCUUAGAGCAGUUAGGAGGUCUUCAGGCCAUGCUGUUUCUCGUUGCAAAAGUAUUUGAGCAGUGUGACAAGACAGGACAGGACAACAAAAUAACUUCACAGCAGAUGCAAAGCAAGGCCGUUCAUCUUCUGUUGACGUUCAUACGGCGUUUCCCACCACUUGCCAUGGCUUUCACCAGUAUGCAAGGCUAUGACAUGCUGGGUGUUGUGUUGAAGUCCUCAAGAGCUAUUGUUGGAUACCCUUUAAUCAAAGUACUGUUUGAUGCUGCUACCUCUGAACCCUUGUUCCGAGUUGAUCUGACAUCACUGGUGCUCAUCCCACGUACGUCAUCGGAAAGCAUUAUCCGUCAUGUGGCAGUCAUAUCUAAACUGCUGUUAUGCUGGAAGAUCUGGGAGCAAGGAUCUCAGGAAAUGAUGGAAAUGAUCCUGGGAGGACUGGUGAUUCUGACUCGACGGGACCACCCGCAUCGCACCUUCAACGUCAAGCAGCUGCUGGCAGAUUCUGUGUUGAGAGUUCUAUUUAACAUUUACCUGGAACGCAUCCAGGAUGGUCUUCCAGCUUUGUCAGCUACAUGUGGCCAGUCCGUGGCAGCGAUUGUGGCAUCACUUGUUGGCCAGCCUCCAGAUAUGAGUCUCUUAGCAAGUGUCACAGACUUCCUCCUACAAGUACACCCUGCCUCAAGUGGCUUUAUUGACCAUUCCCCAAGCGCUUUCUACAUCAGUCGCACAUGGGAGUUUGACCAUCCAACAGCAACAACAGCUGCAGAAUCAAUGGUUUCAGAUUCUUUCAAACGUGGUGCUGAUUCACGACAGCAGUCCCUUUCAGAUUUGGGGUCCAAUAUGGAGAAAGUUCAGUUCCAUAGUGGCAGCAAGUUCAGCGUGGGUAAUAACUGGGACAGCAAUGAAGGUACGGAAGACAGUGACAAUGGUUCAGAAGUGAGACAAACAGCACAAGCCCAAUCCCCAUACCCUCCACUUGAAGCAACUGCAGCCACUCCUUCCACUUUCUGCGUAGGGGAGAGCUCUGAUGACAGCACAAGUUCUCCAAGGCACAGUUCCUCUUCAGAAAGCAGUGGAGAAAGAAGUGAGCAAAGUUUAAAAAAGCUAAAAGGAAAAUUGGCCAACCAGUACUCUCGGUCUGCACCAGCAGCUAGCAGCUAUCACAUGAGAGGAGCUAUGGGCGAUGACAAGCAGCAGAUUAAGAAAGCUCUGCAUCACAAAGAAACAGAUGAUUCAGCAGAGGAAUAUGGCCACUUGACCUCUCAUGCUGAACACGAUCAGUCACCUGAUGAUUCAUCCAAACCAGUCAACUUUGAGAAGUCUGAAGAUGUCAAGAUGGAUGGACUUGAAACCUUAAAAGUUUAUCUCCUGCAGUAUUUGCAUAAAGUGGUAAUGGAGCAUCCCCAGCAAGAUUUUGAUGAUGUUUUCUGCCAUGUGGUCAGUCCCAAGAUUCUUCUUUUCCUUGCUCGCAGCACAUCAGAGGCUGUCCGUAUAGCAGUUACCCAGGUGUUAGGAGUUUACCUAUGGAGAGCACCUACACGAGUUCUUGAGGACUUUCUCAAGGUGGAUGGCUUUUUCCUGCUGGCCAAUCAAUUGAGUGCAUUUCCAGUUUGCCAACAGCAGAUGGAAGCAGCAGUCUCCAUGAUUCUUACCCAGACUUUCACCUUUCAGAACUUCCUGGUGCAUGAUAUAGGACAACUGUCACUGCUGCAGCAGAUGGCUCCCAUCCUGAUGCUCUCCCUGCUCAGCAGGACAGUGGCAGACUUCAUGCUUUGCCACAACUCUUUAUCCCUGAUUGCGCAGCUACUUCAAGGGACUCAGGUGAUAAGCACAGCAUUAUUGGAUGUCGGGCUUGCAGACGCUCUUUGUAAUCUUCUUUAUGAAGUACAUUGUCACUAUAGCAGCAGAACUGAUACAAAAAGUAUGGAAAGCAAAGAUGUGUUGUUGGUGGAUAUACAGACAAUAUUUUGCUCAGCUGCUGUGUCUGAAUUCAGCUGGUCUGGGAUAACUCACAUACAGCAGAUGGACUACAUGUUUCAGCUCCUGCAGACUUUGGAGGACAAACAAAAGGCGAGAGGAGAGGGUGGUCAAAAGCUGGCAGAGACUGCUCGUGCCUUUCAGUUUGCUAUGGUGGUUAAAGUUCUGGAGUACUCUCAGCACUUGAGCCAAGAGUUUAGCAAGACACCUGGAGGUUGGGCCUCGGCUCAGAAUAUCUCAGCUCUUCAGCUAUCUACCUCAUCAGAAUCUUCAGCUUCAUCGCAAAUGAGUUCUCAGGCCCAUCAACCAGCAGCGUCAAGUCAGUUGUCUCAGCAGUUGGGCCCUGGAAACCUGUCUGCACCCAGGCAAGGCCAGACUGAUAGCCGUUUGCUUCGCAAUGUCUACUCCUCUCCUGAUAUUGUGUCAAACUUGUUUGGGACAGAUCAAGAGGAUUCAUCCAGCGUUAGCUCUUUGCCCACACUUGUGAGAGAGGGACGUAGUGGAAAACCAUUGUCUUACUCUCGAAGCCAGUCAUCUGUGGAGAAACCAACCUUGCUGCGACGGCUGUUCAAACGCAGAAAGAAAUUGGAGUACAUACGCAUUGGACAGUCAGAACUGCUAGACCGGCUGAAAAAGUUCUUGGUCAUGGCAGUUGACCUGGCAGUAUUUCAAGACCGUCAAGAGGUCCAGAAGUCCAAGACACAGCACACGCUCAGCUUUCUAGCUGAACCAAAAACAUCCAGUCUGGAUGAUCGUUACCUGAAACACCUGUUUAGCACAGUCUACAACAUGCUAUCCCUCACCUUGUGCAAGGAUUCCUUUCAGAGGAAGUGGAAAGCUACCAUCAUGUCCAGCAUGAAGGAUGUUCUUCGUGUUCAGUUUGGUCGUCUCCUGUUGUGCAUGCUGUCACCUUGGGUGGAGUUUGAACUUCGUAUAUUUGCCGUGUCCUUUCUGAUGGGAGAAAGCCUUGGGCGUAAUGUGGUAUGCCUUCUUGCAAGCACCCAGGGCAUAGAAAUGGGUUUGCACCUUCACAACCUACUGACUACCUGGAGAGACUGGAUGAACCCUGGACAAAGAGAACUUACCUUAGGCAUGCUUUCACAGCUGCGACAGUGUGGUUGUCCCGUUAUUUCACUUGACCAGCAGAUACAUUCAGAACAGGCAGAGGCUUUGAAUGAGGACAAGAUGGCAAUCAGCUCAAAAUUCACCCGUGACCAGCUGGCUUGGUUGAACAGGCGCAGAAGUAACUCUAAGAAGGUGCUGCUGCGCUUUGAUGAUGUGGUGAAGCGUGUAUCAGAACAUGCCAUGGAUGUGACACGUGCUGUUUCUGGGCAACAAGGUCGAGAGCGGGCUGCCUUGAUAGACCAUAUCAAAAACAGUAUGGCCCAGCAAGUCCACUUCAUGAAAAGCUGGCAGGACCUUGUUCAUAGCCUUACACAUGAGAGAGGGGUGUGGCACCAUUCACAGUCAUACCCUAAAUCCUGGCAGCUUGACCCCACUGAGGGGCCUGGACGGAUACGUCGUCGACUCAUGCGCUGUCAUCUUGGUCUAGCUCCCAAAUACCUUUUGCCAGAGCAUCGUAGCAAGUUGGUUGGUCAGGAAGAAGACCCACCUCUGAAAUACCUUUUUGAAGACACCCACCAGGUGUCGGACUCUGCUACACUUGUCUACAAACUCUUCACCAAUGACACGGUGCAAUACACCGUUGUCUGCACAGCUGUGUCGCCAUCAUUUGAAAGUAAAGGAGAGUUUCUGCUGGGUGAGCAGUUCCUUUUCUUUGUUGCUGAUAAGGCCAUUACACACCCUGAUUACACUCAGAUUUUGCUUGGCAACCAAGACCAGCUGUCAAUGACAUGGCGCUAUACAGAGCUGCUGGAGGUCCACUCACGGUGGUACCAGCUUCAGGACACAGCCCUGGAGAUCUUCCUUGUCACUGGCCGUACCUACUUGCUGUCCUUCGAUACCAUGGCUGACCGAGACAAAGUCCUGGGACUUCUCUUGAGUCAGCUGGAAAAACCCAAAGGCCAGGAGCAGACAGUGGGUGAUAUUCAGAAGAUGUGGCUAGAAGGGAACAUGACCAACUUUGACUACCUCACUUGUCUGAACAAACUGUCUGGCCGCUCAUUCAACGACCUAAUGCAGUACCCAAUCCUACCCUUCAUCCUUCGGGAUUAUGAGAGUGACGAGCUGAACCUGGAGGACCCUUCUGUUUUCAGGGACCUUCGGAAACCUAUUGCUGUGCAAGACAAGUCCCGAGAAAGGAAGUAUAUCGAUAACUAUGAGUUUCUGAGACAAGAGAUGUUGCGGCCAGGGCCAGAAGAAGUGAUGCAUGUGGAGCCUUUCCACUAUGGCAGCCACUACUCCAACAGUGGAACUGUCCUGCACUACCUGGUCCGUCUGCCACCAUUCACUCAAAUGUUCCUUGCUUACCAGGAUAAGAGCUUUGACAUUCCAGACCGAACAUUCCAUAGCAUCCGCACAUCCUGGCGGCUGUCAAGCUUUGAAUCAUCAACUGAUGUCAAAGAACUCAUUCCAGAAUUCUUCUUUCUUCCUGAAUUUCUUGUGAACAAUGAAGGGUUUGAUUUUGGAGUACGGCAAAAUGGGGAACAAGUCAACGAUGUGUUGUUGCCUCCAUGGAGUGGCAACGAUGCUCGAAUUUUUGUGCUGAUUCACCGACAGGCCUUGGAGUCGCCCAUUGCCACACAGAUGUUGAACCAUUGGAUCGAUCUUGUUUUUGGCUUCAAGCAGAAAGGGGAAGAGGCUAUAAAAGCUAUCAAUGUGUUUCAUCCAUCAACAUAUUUUGGAGUUGAUGUCAGCUCUGUCACUGACCAAGUGAAGCGGCAAGCACUGUUGACCAUGAUUAGAACCUAUGGCCAAACGCCAAGACAGCUGUUUUUCACCCCUCAUUCUGGCAAAUCACAUUUGUCUUCAUCAGGACUGAAAUUUUCCAUAUCACAGCAGGAAAGACGAACAUACGUGCCACGGCCUGUUCCCACUGUCAAUGGUUUGAAAUGGGGCAACUAUGUUGGAUCACCUGAUCUGCCACAGCCAUCUUGGCAUCUGCUUGCAAAACUUGAGGUGGAAAUAGCCUCCCUUGUUUCCCUUGGGUCUGGAUCUGUGUUUGGCAUAGAGCGAGAUUCAACCUUGAUCAGUCUCCAAGCAAAGCCUACAGACCCUGUGCAACGGCAGGCAGACAUCAUGCUGGCGGGAACCAUAAGUUGGAAUCACCCUGACAACAUCUUGCGAGUGUUAACCCACAACAACAGAUCUCUGCUCAACUUCAUGGCAACCAGUCCCUAUGAAAGGGUGACAUGCUGUGCAGCUGCCUUGGACAGGUGUCUUCUGUUUGUGGCCACUGCCUCCGGUAGCAUUGGCGUCUACAAUAUCUCACACAAUGUGGCAAAGGUGAGAAAUGUCUUCUACAAAAUCAGUGUAUUACACAUGACUGCUAAUGCAUCUUGGCAUUGCUGCUUGCACACUCUGUUCCAUCUACUGAAUUGCAGACAUGCUAUUUUUUCUUUCAUACAGCCCACUACUUUACAUGUAUGGGGACUGCAGAGGGUCAUGUGUGGCCAUGGUGCAGAUGUCAACGUCAUACAGAUCAGCAAGGCUUUUGGAGUGGUUGUUAGUGGCAGUAGGGAUGCUUCUGUCAUCAUCUGGGACCUGAACAGGUUAUCAUAUGUGCGGACUCUGUCAUCACAUAAGCAUCCUAUAGUAGCUCUGGCAGUGAGCCCUACUCUUGGAGAUGUAGCAAGCGCAAGUCACACAGAAAAAGGCAGCACCCUUUGGGUGCACACUAUCAAUGGAUGUGAGGUCGGCCAUUACUCAUGUGUAGCUCGCAUCCAGUGCCUGGCUUACUCCUGUGCUCCAGAAGGACGUUCCAUUAACGUCAUUGCUGGCGGGCUCGACACCGGUGUCAUCAGGCUCUGGAGCAGCUGGGACCUCUCUCACCUGAGGGACCUUGUUUAUGAUGAAGCCAUCAAACGUCCAGUUCUGAGUUUGGCUUUCUCUGCCAACUCCCAAGCACUCUUCGUGGCAGCAACAGAUCACAGCAUUGUUCUCUGGCAGAAUGACCCACCGACAUCACAGACUCAAAGCAGCCACCUUGUUCUCCUCGUUCGGAAUUUGAAAGAUCGUCAGUAGCACCCAGCACAUCAGAAGAACAUUUCUUUAUACAGU